CUGAUGUAGCCCUGGGCCGGCGCGGCACCGACGGCUGGCAGAAAGCUCUGCGGAGGGCCGGGCCGUGCGCUCCCAGGCGGAGCCGAGUCCGCGGGGCUCCGGAGCGGGGCGGGGCCGUCGAUCGGUCCGCCGCGCAGCUCGUUCAGGUGCUGCGGCCGCUCCACGUAGCCCGGCGCGGAGCCGGCUAGAACACACGGACCUCGGCCGGCGGCUGUCGUAAGCCCAAGCCGGGCCCUUGGGUCCCAGGACUCCCGUGGAGCUAUGGCGGGCCCUGGCCCGGGAGACCAGGACGAACACUACGAUUUCCUGUUCAAGCUGGUGUUAGUGGGCGACGCGAGCGUGGGCAAGACGUGCGUGGUGCAGCGCUUCAAGACCGGCGCCUUCUCCGCGCGUCAGGGCAGCACCAUCGGUGUCGACUUCACCAUGAAGACGCUGGAGAUCCAGGGCAAGCGGGUCAAGCUCCAGAUUUGGGACACAGCCGGCCAGGAGCGGUUCCGGACCAUCACCCAGAGCUACUACCGAAGUGCCAAUGGGGCCAUCCUCGCGUACGACAUCAGCAAGAGGAGCACCUUCUUGUCGGUGCCUCACUGGAUCGAGGAUGUGAGGAAGUACGCGGGCUCCAACAUCGUGCAGUUGCUGAUCGGGAACAAGUCAGACCUUGCUGAUCUCCGGGAGGUCCCGCUGGCGGAGGCGCAGAGCCUGGCUGAGCACUAUGACAUCCUCUGUGCCAUCGAGACCUCUGCCAAGGACUCCAGCAAUGUGGAGGAGGCCUUCACCAGAGUGGCCACUGAACUCAUCAUGAGGCACGGAGGCCCCAUGUUCAGUGAGAAGAACACUGACCACAUUCAGCUGGACAGCAAGGACAUUGCGGAGAGCUGGGGCUGUGGGUGCUGACUGGGGGGGCAGGGCAGGCCGGCUAAGACCUCCCCUCCUCCUUUGUCUGCAGCCUGUCAAGCCCCACCCUUCAGAGUCAGCCCUCCAGGGCACUGGCUUCUCUAGAGGGAUUCUGCACCCCUAGCCUGGAUGCUGGGUAGGAAGGGAAAUGCAGGGAGGGUAUCCUGUGCAGAAGGCUAUUGGCCCAGGGCCGAAUGUGGACCAUCCCACCAGCCAGCAUCUGCUGCCUCCGUGUUUGUCACAUUCCAGGGCUAGCCUGAGCCUUCCAGCAGACUGUGGUGGGAAAUGGGCUGGCUGCGGGGCCCAGCCCCCACGUGCUGGUUUUGACCUUCUCCUGCCUUGACUGCUGCAGGCCUGCCGCAGGUUGCUGCUCUCCAGGGAUGUGGCUGGUACCCCAGGUUCUUUCUUCCAGGUCAUCCUCCUGCCUCUUACCAAAGCAUAAAAAGCACAUCAAUUAGACCAACAGACUGGUGCCGAGCCUUGUCCCGGGGAAGCCUGAGGCGCCUCUGUCCUCACUGCCAGCUUGGAGCUCUUGGCUCCCUGGGCCUGACUCGUUGCCUUACCAAGACCUCUCAGAGGUUUCUGCUUUCCUGUGUAGCAUCUCAUUUUCACCGACCCAAUUGUAGGGUCAUGGCCAAGGGCCAACUGGGAACUGUCCGUGGGCUUAAGGCCCAAAAUGUUGCCAUUCAGGUUGCAAAAGCAGCUAAUCUUUCAGUGUGGUUGAGGGGUGAGAUAGGAAAGUGAAGAUUUAAGGAAAAGGAGCGGCUCGCAAGGGGCAGCUCGUGGGUAGAGCACGUGCCAGGCCCGGAGUUCAGUCCUCAGCACCAAAACCACACAACAGCAGCCUCUGCUGUGUCCCUGAGGUUGAGGGCCCUGUGGGCACCAGCCUUGCCCCAUGUGGAGAAGCUGUCUCUGCCACUGUCCAGAGCUUUUAGUUCCCUGUGGUCCUGGUCUGGGUUACAGUUUCAAAGCAAAAAAGAUGAGUGCCCACUGGCCUGAGACCCGGCCAUCUUGGACCUCACUGGUUCUCUGCCUGCCUUAUCGGGUGCUUCCUGCUGGGCUCAGGAGGAGUUGUUCCCUGCGUCUCCCUUCCCACUGGCAUCCUACCCUUGCCUCCCACCUCAAGUAUUCUGGCCUGUCAGCACCUUCCUUAGAGAGAUCUGGCUACAGGGCUAGGAGCAGGGCUUUGCAACAGCUACAUUGCAACCCAGGGAGAUGGAGCUGGGGUAACUAGAUAGACGGGCAAUACUCCUGGGCCCUUUUGAGGUAGGAGGCAGCCUGUGGAUGAGCCUGGCUCUGAUAGCAUAGAAGGUGGCCUGCGUGAGCCAGGGCCUGCUCUGAGUGCUCAGGUGGGGCUCACUGUGGCUGUACUAGGUUGGGGCUGCAUGGCUUCAAGGGCUGGAGGCCAUGAAGCCCAUAAGUCAUGAUCCUUUUGAUGGGAGGCAAUAACCUUUUCACAGAGGUCACCUAUCAGAAAACAGCUGACUGAGUGCCUUUCCUGGGCUUGAUGCAGUUGAGAGGGUCCUACUUGCUGGUUUCAUUGGCGUAAACUCCUCCUGGGGAGAGCUGGUUCCUUCCCUGACCCCUGCACUGCAGAGCCUGGCCCACCCAUGGGUGGAGAAUGCCCUACACUGAGAGGGCUCUUUGCACUGCACAUGGUCUUCGGAGCCGUGUGGCAUCUGUGUUCUGUGAGUAGAACCUGUGGGGUUGAUGUUUCCAGAGCCGAUAAGGAAGGCAGCCCUGGCUUCUUACAGCCCUGCUCUUUUGCUGGGUGGUGAGGAGUUUGCCAGGCAUUUGGUCCAUGUCUGGUGUUCAAAUGGAAGUCCCAUUUUUAGGAUGUGUCUGUCUGUCUGAGUAUAGACGGACCCUGCCAUAGCUACCCACUACUACCCAGCAAGCCUUGCUCUUUACCAGUGCUGAGCCUAGCAGGACACUAGGGUUCUUCUGUACUUAGGGCUAGAGGAGGGAGGCCAGAGGCCUUUUGCUCUAAACAGAGCUCUACCCAGAAUUCACAAGACGGCAACCGAUAGUGAUGGGGCUCACUUGCCCCACCCCCACCCCCCUGGGCCAUGAGCCUACUUCCCAGCCUCCAAGGCCUGGAGGCCAUGAAGCCCAUAAGGCGAUGUGUCUUAACUCAUGAGUCAUGACCUCUUUAGGGGGUUCAGAUGACCUUAUCACAGGGGUCACCUAUCAGAAAACACAAACUUACAUUAUGAUUCAUAACUAGCAAAUUACAGUUAAGUAGGUACGAAAAUCAUCUUAUGGUUGGGGGUCACCACACCACGAGGACUGUAUGAAGUGGGGGCACUAGGGAAGUUGAGGAGGAGGCUGUAGGCCUACCCUGGAAUGGAACGAAAUUCAGCAAGCCCUGCUUGGCCAGGGAGGCUUCUUCGCCCGUGGCCCCUUGGCUCACCUGGAGACCAGGAAGAUUCUUUCUCCAUUCACAGGAAGUGAACCUUACUUCCCUUUUACAGUCGCUGGGUGCAGAGUGUGGAGGAGGCCCUGCCCUGUACCCUUACGUAGGAGCGGCCUGCUCUAAGAGUUUAGCCCAAACAGCAGUCUCCUUGAGCCCUGCACUCCCCCACCCCUGCCCUGUAACCACCCUGUUGUCUCACAUUCCGGGUUCCAGUUCCACUGCCAGGUGCAGGUCUGGAAGGCCAGGCCCAGGGCCCUCAGCCACUGGAUGACCAUGGCCUCCACAACCUGCCCACCUCUCUGCUCACUGUCACGUCUGGGGCUAACGUGACCCCCCUCUCCCAGAUCUCUCAGCCAACCUGCCUUCUUACAGCACAGAAUCCCACACGUGACCCAAAGCACCAUCUUUGAGGGGCUGUAUAGCCCCUCCCCAGCUACAGGCCUUACGCCCAGUAUCCUGGCAAGGAUCAGUUCCUCCCUUGACCCCUGAUUCUGUGGCCUGGGAGGGCCCUGAGUUCUGGACUGAAGCUGGUUUCUAUGGAGAAGCUGCAGCCGUCCCUUCUUACGGUAGUGCCAAGCCUCUGGCCCUCUGCUGAGGCACCUGCCCCACCAAAGUGCUCAGAGAGACCUUUGGGCCUUUGUCAGAAGGUGCCCAGGGCUUGAGGACCAGAAAAUAAGCAAGAAACAAAGCCAGCUGCUUCCCAUCCCCUGGGCAGGCUUGGCUGGCUGCCAGCAGCAGCCCAGGGCCUCUGGGGCAACGGCAACAGGAGUUUAAUCUCUUCCCUUUGAACAGUUACUGAACAGCAGGCGCGGUGGAGGUUGAUGCUGUUGGUGAGGAAGUUCCCACAGAAGAGCUGGUAGGGCCAGGGGGCACAGCGGUUGUAGAGGUCUUGCCCACUAAAGGUACUAGAGGAGGGGCUUCAUGUCUCUUUGGGUGGAAGUCUGUUCCCAAGGACACAGACCCCAGCUGGAGGGGAUCUACUGGAAGCCCCUGGUUCACACUGAAUAGAUUAUCCUACCCCAGGAUACUGCCAGCAGUGGGCCUCUAGCCAAACUCACCCCUGCAGGGCCUGGGCAGGGGCAGAAUUGCCAGCCCAAGGAUGCCAUGCACAUUGGGGAAAUUUUCACAUUACCUAUUUAUGAAUAUGUAAGUCUUUCUAUAAAAUCUAUUUUUGGAACAUGAAAAGUUGCCUUUCUGGAUAUGUCAGAGCCAGUGUACAAUUCAACCAUUAAACAUUUCUGUACUGAC